AGCUUUCCUGCUAGACUCCAGUUUCUGCUUGACCUGUGAUGAACUUGCUGUUGGUUUGACUCUGUAGGACCCAGCGGAAAACUGCUCCUGCUGAAGGGAGACGGAGCAGGAGAGAGGGGGGGGAAAGCUGAGUGGAGAGAAGACGUUCCCAGACCAGUCAGUGGCUUCAUGGAGUUCUGUACCUCUGAUCCGCCGCCAUGGAUUGCAAUCCGCGAUCACUUCUUUUCAUUUUACACCUUCUAAUGUCCUGCGUUGUCCCUGCUUUCUUCAUCAUCUAUCCCCCCAAUGAAGUUAACCUGUUAGACUCUAAAGCAAGCCAAGGGGAGCUAGGAUGGAUUUCCUACCCAUCACAUGGGUGGAGGGAAAAUUGGGAGGAGAUCAGUGGUGUGGACGAGCACUACACCCCCAUCAGGACCUUCCAGGUCUGCAACGUGAUGGAGUACAGCCAGAACAACUGGCUUCGCACCAACUGGAUCCCUCGCCAGUCGGCGCAGAAGAUCUACGUGGAGCUGAAGUUCACCCUGCGGGACUGCAACUCCAUCCCGCUGGUCCUUGGCACAUGUAAGGAGACUUUUAACCUCCUCUACCUGGAGACAGACGAUGACCAGGGAAGCCACUUCAGGGAGCAUCAGUUUCAGAAGAUUGACACCAUUGCUGCCGAUGAGAGCUUUACCCAAACAGACCUUGGAGAUCGCAUCCUCAAACUCAACACUGAGGUGCGGGAGGUGGGSCCUUUGAGCAAGAAAGGUUUCUACCUGGCRUUCCAGGACGUGGGUGCCUGCGUGGCUUUAGUCUCAGUCAGAGUUUACUUUAAAAAGUGUCCACAAACUGUGAAGAAUUUGGCCUCCUUUCCUGACACUGUGCCCAUGGACUCCCAGUCCCUGGUUGAGGUCAAAGGCUUGUGUGUCAAUUACUCAAAAGAGGAGGAACCCCCACGAAUGUACUGUAGCACAGAGGGGGAGUGGCUUGUGCCUAUUGGGAAGUGUCUCUGUAACCCAGGAUACGAGGAGAGAAUCAGCACCUGCCAAAUGUGCAGGGCUGGCUUCUACAAAUCUACCCACGGCAACAUGGAGUGUUCAAAGUGUCCGCCUCAUAGCUUCUCCCACCAUGAGGGGUCAUUGCACUGUGGCUGUGAGAAAAAUUAUUUUCGGGCUGAAGGAGAUCCUGCCUCCAUGGCAUGUACACGACCUCCUUCUGCUCCCCGGAAUGUGAUCUCCUCCAUCAACGAGACCUCAGUUAUCCUGGACUGGAGCUGGCCGGAGGACACAGGAGGACGUAGGGAUAUCACUUUUAAURUCCUCUGCAAACGCUGCCGGGGUGCUGCUGCCAAUGGGAGCACCAGUGGGACUCUGAACUGCGAGCCUUGUCGAAGCAACGUUCGCUUUCUGCCAAGAGCGACUGGUCUCCACAACACCACYGUGACAGUGGGUGACCUACUGGCUCAUACUAAUUACACCUUCGAGAUUGAAGCACAGAAUGGCGUAUCAUCACUGGCACCCAAAAUGAGACAAUAUGCUGCUGUCACCAUUACCACCAAUCAAGCAGCUCCCUCUCCAGUAACAGUGAUCCGAAAGGAGAAGACGUCUCGAAACAGUGUCUCAUUGUCCUGGCAGGAACCAGACAGACCCAACGGGAUCAUCCUGGACUAUGAGAUUAAAUACUACGAAAAGGAAGAGCAGGAGACCAGCUAUACCAUUCUUCGAGCUCGGGGUUGUAAUGUGACCCUGAAUGGUUUGAAGCCCAACACAGCCUACUUGCUCCAGAUCAGAGCUCGCACUGCCGCUGGAUAUGGAGCCAGCAGCCCCAGCUUCCAGUUUGAAACCAGCCCUGACUCAGCCUUCUCAAUCUCCAGUGAGAACAGCCAGGUUGUCUUAAUUGCCAUUUCCUGCGCGGUGGCCAUCAUACUGCUCACCGUGCUGCUCUACGUCCUGAUUGGAAGGUUUUGUUGCCGCAGCAAAUCCAAACAUCCUGAUGAGAAAAGACUUCACUUUGGCAACGGCCACCUGCGCCUGCCAGGAAUCAGGACGUAUGUGGAUCCCCACACGUAUGAGGACCCGAGCCAGGCUGUUCAUGAGUUUGCCAAGGAACUUGACGCCUCCUGCAUUGCUAUUGAUAAAGUCGUGGGAGCAGGUGAGUUUGGAGAAGUGUGCAGUGGUCGCCUAAAACUGCCCAGCAAGAAGGAGAUCUGUGUGGCCAUCAAGACUCUUAAAGGAGGUUACACAGACAAGCAGAGGCGGGACUUCCUUGCAGAAGCAUCAAUCAUGGGACAGUUUGAUCACCCCAACAUCAUCAGGCUGGAGGGUGUAGUGACACGCAGUAAGCCUGUUAUGAUUGUCACUGAGUACAUGGAGAACGGAUCCCUCGAUAGCUUCCUAAGAAAACAUGAUGCCCAGUUUACAGGAAUCCAGCUGGUCGGCAUGCUGCGUGGCAUCGCCUCGGGCAUGAAAUAUUUGUCAGACAUGGGCUACGUUCACCGAGACCUGGCAGCCCGAAACAUUCUGGUCAACAGCAAUCUGGUGUGCAAAGUGUCAGACUUUGGCUUGUCCAGAGUGCUGGAGGACGACCCUGAGGCUGCGUACACCACCAGGGGAGGAAAAAUCCCCAUCCGGUGGACAGCCCCAGAGGCAAUCGCCUACAGGAAGUUUACAUCAGCCAGCGAUGCUUGGAGUUAUGGCAUCGUUCUCUGGGAGGUGAUGUCAUAUGGAGAACGGCCAUACUGGGAGAUGUCCAAUCAGGAUGUAAUAAAAGCUGUAGACGAGGGUUACCGCUUACCACCCCCCAUGGACUGCCCUGCCACACUCUAUCAACUGAUGUUGGACUGCUGGCAGAAGGAGCGGAAUAACCGUCCGAAGUUUGACCAAAUUGUCAGCAUCCUUGACAAACUCAUCCGCAACCCCUGCAGCCUCAAAAUCACAGCCAACACUACAUCCAGACCAGCGAACUUGUUGUUGGACAGGAGCAGUGCAGAAGUUCCCCCAGUGGGGACGAUGGGUGACUGGAUGGAUGCCAUGAGGACCUUGCCUUGCAAGGAGGCCUUCUCGGGGGUCAGCUACAGCUCCUGCGACACCCUGGCCAAGACCUCGACAGAAGAUCUGAAAAAGGUUGGAGUGACUAUUGCAGGACCGCAAAAGAAGAUUGUGAGCAGCCUGAAAGCCCUAGAAUCCCAUACCAAGAAUGGUCCAGUACCUGUUUAAAAACAAUAACAAGAAAUGAAAACCACCAGAGACUUUUCUGUUGGUCUGUGUUUACACACACUAACACAGUGGCUACAUAUCUAAAUAAUACGGAGAUGCAAAUGGAUGGAAAAAAAAAAAACAGAUAUGUCUCAUCUGAUGUCUUUCACGCAUUGUUGAAAGCUUUCUAACAGAGAAGUGGGAAAGGGUUCAGAACUGACCUGCCACCUUAUAAGCUGACUGGCUCACCCCUCUCCCUACAUGCCCACAUUGAGAUGCCUUACUGACUAAUAGAGGGGGGAGAGASAAAACAAAAGGUAAGGAGGUCAGAAAGACAUUGUGAGGAACGCAAGCCUGGUCGUUAUUGGAAAACAUAGCAGGGACAGAGAAAACGCUGGAGCUGUCCUUGGCUAACGCCGGCGUCUUCCGGAGGCAGGAGAACAGCUGAUAUGCCAUGUGUAGAAGAGCAUGGCAGACAUCCACAGCUGACUUAUAUGCGGACUUCUUCUGAAGUGAUGAAGUCUGAGGCUGGGAUAUGAGUUGCAGCUACCUACAUUCAGUACUCAGUCCAAGACACGGCCAAACUCAUAUGGACUCACCUAUUGUUUGACUCUGUAGCUCUAACAUAAAGCAUUUGCAUUCAGUAGACAUGCCACUAAAAGCAAUAAGGUUGUAAUCCAUCAAAUCCAUUCAUCGUGGCGAAGCCAUGGGUAUGUUACAUGUGUUAUGUAUUAAAUGCUGCGGUUUGAAGACGGAGUGGCCAUAACACUGCACACCCAGAAUUUUCAUUAUUGUGACAUCUUUGUUCCAUGUGCUAAUGUUGCGUACCGUUUCCCACCACCUUCAUGCGGAAUCUCAGGAUGAGUAUAUCCUGUUUUUUUCCUACAACAGGAAACCGGUGGAAAGCUGAGAUGGAAGGAAGUUAAUGACAAGAAGGUAAAGAGGAAAUACUUGGAGCAAAACAAAUGCAAGGAGCCCAAAACRGAAAAAGUGAUCUGUCGGUUGCUGGUCAUUUCACCCUGUUCCAUUUCAUACCUUUGUAAUUGUGGUUGUUCAAAACCUGGCUGUUCUGGGUUCACAAUGGCAUUAUCUAUUGUUUGACUCUUUKCACCUAUCAUCCAUUAAGUAAUACUCACUUUUUUAUUUUAAAGUGAUCCCUUAUGACUUCACUUUCUAAUGGCACCCAGCAGGAGAUUAGUUAGAGCCACUGCAGUUUGAUCAGGGGUUCAUCCGUAUGAUAAAUAAAUGGGAAUAUGGUAUAGUACAAAUAUUUUUCAUAAAAUAUGCAGUUAAGAUGAAUUAUUCUGGAGAUUUCUGCAGUUCUUGAGAGGGAGUUCUGCUACACGUAAAAAUAUUUACUAAAAAUACUGAUAAGCAAUAUUUGAAUUUUAUGGAUAAGAAAUGGUUUGUUUACAAAUAUGAGCUGGAAGUAGAAAGAACUAAGUAGAAAUGCAUAGAUAUGGGGAUAUAGAUUGGCAAAUGGGUGAACAGACCCGGAACCCAAUUGUCUGUAUGAAAUGUUAUUGUGAUGCAGAGUUGUUUUUAAAUAUGRCUUUGAGAUUACGUUUCUUCUUUGGGAAAGACAAGUUUGAGCCAAGACUUCAAAACAGAUUUUUUUUUUUUUUUUUGGAUGGGCAAAGUAAGUAAACAAGGUGGUCAAAUCUGAAGAUUUUACACAAUAACUCACUGAAUAAAGCCAUGUGAAAAGCUCUCUCUUUUUAAAUUUUGGUUUCAAAUAAUUUGAUCUACACUUAAAAAAAACUAACUUUGAACUAAUGAAUCUUGUUGUUUUCCAAGCAAAAAAAAAUAAAUAAAUAAAAAUAGAGUGCCUCCUGUAGUUGGUCUUGGUCAUGGUGGAAUCACCAAGAAAACAUUUCUUUUAGUUUAAUGUAAUAAAGUAAGUGUUUCUCGUGUUUUCUUUAGAGUGUAGCUCAAUCAUCAAUUGCCCCAGUCUGACUCRAUAUUAAAAUGCUCUGAUAACAAUGCAAUACAUCCAAUAAAUUAUUGCUUUCUGAAAUAAUAACCUGAUAUGCCACGUCCAUCAUGGGAUUUCCUAAAGGCACCUUAAAAUAUCUAUGUAAAUGGAGUACAUAUUUAACGAUGCUAGUCUUCUGCUUUGAUGUCACCCAGCUGGUCCCUCAGUGCAACACUUACCCAGUAUUUUUGAACUGGCACUUUGGUACUUUGUGCUMUUGAACGCGUGAUAUUUACAAUGAAGAUGCUGUCUUUUUGCCUCUUUAAGCACUUGGUACACAUUACUGUAGCACUUUGAAUGACAACGUUUUUGCCUUGGCUGUAGACUAAGCUUGAUUAAAGCACAGGGGUGCUGUUGGUGCUUUUGGGAAACCCAGCCCUGUUCAGUGUGUCAAUUCUGUCUUCCUUUACUUGGUCUACCUGUGGAUGCUGCUGUUGCUGAUAUGUGUUUGAAAUUAGCAUGUACAUAAUGCAAAACCAUCGUAAAGAAAGCAACUAGCACUCCAGAUCUCACUAUAUACAUGGCCAUCCUUUUUUUUUGUACAAAUGUUUGUAUGUAUAAAUGAUUGAAUAAAAAUUGUGCAACAUUUUUAAUUAAAAUUGAGGAAAAAAAUCAUCUGUAUUAUAUUUUAUCCUACUUUGAAUCAUACUUGUUAGUUUUUUCUACAAUAAAAAGGCAAUUAUGAUUACAUUAUUUAUUUGUUAACAUUAUACAAUGCAUUGAUGAUUUUUGAGCGUAGAUUAAAUUAUGUGUCUGUGAUGUCUUGAUAUGAUUUUAACACAAACUUCAUAAACCUGAGACAUCUGAGAGAGCAAUAUUGUUACGGACCCUAUACAAAUCCCUAAUAAUUUUAUGUUUAAAGACUGACAUGUGUGUCUGUGUGCGUUUGUCUGCAAAUGUAGAUGGCCUUGUCUACUAAUGUAAAAUGGUUUGUAGUGAAAACAUUUAUAUUUUUAUAAUAAAUAAUUCACAAAA